UUCAUUCUCAGUUCUCUCAUCACUUCCUUUCAAUCAUCAUGGAGGUCUGGUUCGUCGUCCUCGUCUCCCUCUCUCUCUGCUUCCUCCUUCGAGCUUUCUUCAACCUUCUCCUCCCUUCUCGCUCUCCUUCUCUUCCUCCCGGUCCUCUCCGUAUCCCCAUCCUCGGUUCUUUCAUUUUCGUCGGAAAAUCAUUCUCAGAACUCGAACCCAUUCUUCGAACUCUUCACGCCAAGUAUGGCCCCAUGGUCACUCUCCCUAUUGGUUCCCGUGUUGCUAUAUUCAUCGCCGAUCGCUCUCUCGCCCACCAAGCCCUCGUUCAGAACGGCGCCGUCUUCUCUGACCGCCCCAAGGCCCCCCCUGCCGCCAGGAUCAUCAACAGUAACCAGCAUAAUAUCAGCUCUGCUUUCUACGGUCCGACGUGGCGCGUGCUCCGUCGUAACCUCACGUCCGAGAUGCUCCACCCAACCCGGAUCAAAUCCUUCUCGGGUGCUCGUAAAUGGGUCUUGGACGUGCUUCUCAGUCGCCUCAGGUCGGACUCAGAAUCAAGCCAGUCCGUUAAGGUGGUUGACCAUCUCCAAUAUGCUAUGUUCUGCUUGCUGGUGUUCAUGUGCUUCGGCGAGGGGUUCGAUGAGAAACAGGUCAAGGAUAUUGAAUACGUUCAGCGUCGUUUACUUCUGAGCUUCACCAAGUUCAACGUCCUAAAUUUAUGGCCAAGAGUGACUCGAAUAUUGUUCCGUAAUCGUUGGGAGGAAUUACUGCAAAUGCUCAAGGACAGAGAAAACGUAAUGAUUCCACUGAUAAGAGACAGAAAGAAAGCCAAGGAAGAGAGGUUGAGCAAAUCCAACGAGGACAAUAACAUGGAAGAACGUAAAAGUACAGUGUCUUACUUGGAUACGUUGUUGGAUUUGCAGUUGCCUGAGGAGAAGCGCAAGCUUGAAGAAUCUGAAAUGAUUUCUGCCUGUUCGGAGUUUCUAGAUGGAGGGACAGAUACAACAGCUACAGCAUUACAAUGGAUUCUGGCAAAUUUGGUGAAGUACCCACAUAUUCAACAAAGGCUCGUGGAUGAAAUAAGAGAAGUGAUGGGUGAGAGAGAGGACAAGGAAGUGAAAGAAGAAGAUCUGACCAAAAUGCCAUAUCUGAAAGCUGUGAUCUUGGAGGGACUUAGGCGUCACCCGCCUGGACACUUUGUGCUGCCACAUGCAGUAUCAGAAGACGUGGUUUUGAAUGAUUACUUGGUGCCCAAGAACGGGACUGUAAAUUUCAUGGUGGCAGAGAUGGGGUGGGACCCAAGAGUGUGGGAAAAUCCAAUGGAGUUCAAGCCAGAGAGGUUCUUGAACAGUGAAGGGAGUGGAAGCGAAGCAUUUGAUAUUACAGGAAGCAAAGAGAUAAAGAUGAUGCCAUUUGGGGUAGGAAGAAGGAUGUGCCCAGGCUAUAAUCUGGCAAUGCUUCAUUUGGAGUAUUAUGUGGCCAAUCUGAUUUGGAAUUUUGAGUGGAAGGCUCCGACUGAUCAUGUUGAUUUGUCAGAGAUACAAGAAUUCACAGUCGUAAUGAAAAGUCCAUUACAGCGUUCUUCUUUCUUCACCACGAUGCUCUCUGUCAUAUUUAUACAAGCAACUCCUUCAUCGUCACAAUCGGAUACCAAUUAUGAUUGUUGUUACUUGUCCUUGUUCUUAUACUUGCUUUGCAUGCCAAAUGCCCUAUAUACAUCAACGAUUAAGAAUUUAUUAUUUAGUUCAAGUUUAGCUUUUCCAAAUUUGAAGCUGUCCUGAUAAAUUUCAUAACCUGAAACAAAAAGUAAACAGCUAGAGUUCAAUCCAUUUGAAUUACAGCGACCUUUCCAAUAGAUACAAUAAUUUUAAUUUUGAUAAAUACUCAUUUAACCAACAUUUCUCCCUCCUGUGCUUAGAAAGCACU